CACGGAUGAGUGUAUAUGUUGCCCGUGGCGGUCGCCACUGUGGCUACCACAACCGACGACGGUGCCGCGCAUAUCACCGUCGUUCCCACCGCCGACGGCGCUGCCGUCACCGUGAGCCCACCAGCGAUCGGCGCUGCCGCCGCCCAUCCUACGGAGGUUCGAGGUCCUGCCACCUCGCUUGCGGCGGCCGAUAAUGGUGAUAGGAUGGACGCCUGGCUCUUGGCACGGCAAUCGGCGCGACGAGAUCGCGCCACGCGGCUCGCCAGCGCCAGACUCGACGCACGAAACCUGACCGACAACCUGACGGCGUACCACCUCUCAUCAUCGUACCGCUCGUGGAGGGAGGCGAAAGACUUGCGACGCCAGCGCUGGUCAGACGACGGCAUUUCCCGCCCCGCCUUCAACCUGACCGCCUACCGCCUCUCGCCCGAGUACAUUGCCUGGAAGAGUCGGCUCGGCAACCUGACGGCCUACUACAACUCAUCAUCGUACCGCUCGUGGCGGGAGGCGAGAGACUUGCGACGCCAGCGCUGGUCAGACGACGGCAUUUCCCGCCCCGCCUUCAACCUGACCGCCUACCGCCUCUCGCCCGAGUACAUUGCCUGGAAGAGUCGGCGCGACGCGGCGAUGCGCGAGUGGGAGGCAAACGGCCGGCCAGCCGUGCCAGGGCAAGGCACUGACCUGCGCGCGUACUUUCAGCGGAGCUGGAACACGGCCACCGCAGAGGGGUACGACUGCACAAGGCCGCGCCGGUUCGGCCCGAGCGGAGACGGAGGCAAGGUCGUCUGCCUCGACGCGAUGCCGCCGGCCGCAGAGCCGUGCUUCAUGCUGUCGAUCGGGUACGGCUCCGACGCCGGCUUCGAGCACGCGCUGCACGCCGCGCACCCUCGCUGCGUGGUCGAGCUGUGGGACGGCACCGUCGCCCCGCGCGAGCAGCUGCCCGGCUGGCUCACCUUCCACGGCCGCAACUUUGAGAAGGGCAGCUGGCGGCGGUACCGCGGCCGGAGAGUGGACAUCCUCAAGAUCGACUGCGAGGGGUGCGAGUACUCUGUCCUGGAGCCCCUCGUCCACCAGCUGCGCCCCGAGCAGGAGCCGCGGCUGCAAGUGCUGCUGGAGCUGCACGGUUCGAGAGACUACCUGCCUUCGACCGAUGCUCCCGAGGCCGCGGUCGAGAAGCUCAUGCGCGCCAUCAACAAGACGCAUGGCAUCUACUACCGCGAGCCCAACAUUCAGCACUCGGACGGCACUUGCAUCGAGUUUGCCCUGCGCCGCCGCGGGGGUGUGGUGAUGGGGUGACAGCUACAGCUGCACACGUGUGCUCGUGUACGCAUGUUAUGUACGUGUACAUACGUCCUCC